GCAUCACUGGCCAUCACCAGUGGGCGUGUUGUCUUCGCCAACAUGUCGGAGUAGGAGUUUCUAUCAAAACUUUACACUUAAAAUUUAGUGACUGUACACGUUUACUUGGCGCCAGCUGCUGGAGUAUGGCGUGUUACCGGAACGUAGAUGUAGUCGAGCCGUUUCCGAGUGGUUUAAUUAGCCGAAUUGUAAUUUUACUAGUAUUUCUAAGCACAAGCUUCCCGGUUUGUGACUCUGAAGGAAUCAGUCCAGAGAGGUGUCUGAUAUGGGGUCCGGGGCUAAACCCGGACACCGUGUUACCAGUCCGCUACUUCUUUAUUAAGGCAGUGAAUUCAAAAGGAGAAAACCUGACUCUGUCUCCAGGAAAAGACACGUUUAAAGUGAAGAUCGGCUCACUGGAUAAGAAUGAGUACCUCCGUAUCCACGUCCCUCCACCUCUGGACAGAGGAGACGGCUCCUUCCUGUUGAGGUAUCGGCUCUACAGCACUGCUCACAAGGGUCUGAAGAUCCAGGUCUCUUACAGAGAUGCUGCUGUGGCUAACUCACCCUACACUAUCCAAGGUCCAGUCUAUCAUGAAUACUGUGACUGUCCUGAGCCCGAUGCCUCCGUCUGGCAGAGCGUCUUGCAGUGUCCCGCCGAUGACCAACAGAUUGUAGCCGACUUUAAGUCUUUUCCCACCAUUGACCUGCAGCAUCUCAGGCAGGAAGUGCCUCACAGAUUCUCCAACAGAGGAGGGCUCAUUCACUACGCCAUCAUCAACAACCAGGUGUACCGGCGCACACUGGGAAAAUACACCGACUUCAAAAUGUUCUCUGAUGAAAUGUUGCUAUCACUGACGAGGAAGGUGAGGGUGCCUGAUGUGGAGUUUUACAUCAAUGUGGGUGACUGGCCGCUAGAGACGAAGACGUCGGCUGCUGUUCCGAUCUUAUCGUGGUGCGGCUCCACAGACACACGGGAUAUCGUCCUCCCUACCUACGAGGUCACACACUCCACCCUGGAGACACUGAGAGGCGUCACUAAUGACCUCCUGUCUGUCCAAGGGAAUACAGGGCCUCCGUGGGUGAAUAAAACUGAGCGGGCGUUUUUCCGGGGUCGGGACAGUCGAGAGGAGCGUCUUCAGCUUGUAUCGCUGUCCAAAAAAAACCCAGAGCUCCUUGAUGCCGGCAUCACUGCGUGGUUCUUCUUUAGAGACCAGGAGAAACACGUUGGCAAAGCAUCACUUGUUGGAUUCUUUGACUUCUUUAAGUACAAAUAUCAGGUGAACAUUGAUGGAACAGUGGCAGCGUACCGGUUUCCUUACCUGAUGCUCGGGAACAGUCUGGUUCUGAAACAGGACUCUCAGUACUAUGAACAUUUCUACAGUCACCUGAAGGCAGGAACACAUUACGUUCCUGUGAAGAGAAACCUGUCGGACCUUCUGGAGAAAAUCAGAUGGGCUAAAGAGAACGACGCUGAAGCACAAGAGAUCGCCAGAGCGGGCCAGGCAGCGGCCAGAGAGCUGCUGCAGCCCAGCAGGUUGUACUGUUACUACUACAAAGUGCUGCACAUGUAUUCAGAGCGACAGACGGGACAGCCGACGCGACACGCAGACAUGGAGCUGGUGCCUCAGCUGGAUGACCACACUGCUGCCUGCAAAUGUGAGCGUAAAAGCUACAAAGAAGAAAGGGACGUGAAGGACGAACUAUGACGGGCUCCGGGUUUAGUCUUUAAGCACUCGAGUCUCUUUUUCUGUGUGAAAACAGUCCUGAUAUAUAAAGAGUGAAGAUGAUAACGUAAUGUUCCUGAUGCCUAAGGGAAUAUGAAUGUUAAACAUUCCACUUUAAUUUUGGACAGUAGAGGGAUUUUAUGAUAAAACCAUAGCGGUCAGAUAUUUUGAGAUAGAGCUCAAAGACAAUCUGUGAUUAUGUGAGCAUUAAUGUUUUAGAACAUGUUUUAUGUUGUUGUUGUUGGGGUUUUUUUUAUACCUGUUUAGUAAUGGAGGAACUUGGAUGAGUGUAAAUGUGCCUUUAAAUUGGAUACUUGUGUGCUAUAUCUAAACUAAAAACUUUGUCUUAAAAUAUUUACCAAGUGCAGACUUUUUAUAUUGUUGUUCAUACAGCUGUCACUGCAUUUUCGAGUAGUUAUUACUCUGUUGAAUCACUAAGCUACAUUAGUAAUUGAGUGGGCAGCAUGGUGGUGUGGUGGUUAGCACCAUCGCCACACAGUAAGAAGGUCUGGGUUUGAAUCCACCGGCCAGCUAAGGCCCUCAGAUUCUCUCUGGGUGCUCCAGCUUGUUCCCAUAGUCCAAACACCUGCAUGUUAUGAUAAUUGGUGAUUCUUAAUUGGCUGUAGUUGUGACUGGUUGGCUGCCUCUCACCCUGUGACCACUGGAAUCGGCUCCAGCCGCACUGCAACCCAUAACUGGAUAAGGGGAAGAGAAUAAAUGGAUGUGUGGAA